AUUGAUAUUUUUAAGACAUAACCGCUGUAAAUAAAGUUAUUAUUGAUUACAUUUGAUUAAAACCAAAUUAAAAACGAAUCUUUAAUUGCCAAACAAAGAAUAAUAAAAAAAUUAAUUACACUGUAUCAUUAAAUGUCGUUUAGUCUAUAAUAAAUAUGGCAAAUGAUCGUGAAAUAUUACGAGAAAUAUGGGAAGGAAAAAUUCCUGUAUGUUUUCAAUUAUUUUCCGAUGAAGUGUUCGAACUUCAACAACCCGAUCCAUUUUAUUUAAUGGUACCUAGAUUAAGUUAUUUUCCAUUAGUUACUGAUAAGGUUCGAAAACAUUUCAUACGAUUUAUUGAUCCAGAGAAAAAUGAUCUCGAAAUGUGGCUAGAAUACAAUGGUUUACCAUUAAAAUGGCAUUAUCCAAUUGGUGUCUUGUUUGAUUUACAUAUGGCGUCUGAUGUUCAAUUACCUUGGCAAAUAAUUGUACAUUUUGAUAAAUUUCCAGAUAAUGUUUUAAUGCGAUGCCCUAACAAGGAAGUUGUUGAGGCACAUUUUAUGUGUUGUAUAAAAGAGGCAGAUGUACUGAAACAUCGAGGACAAAUUGUUAGUGGAAUGCAAAAAAAGGAUCAUAAUCAAUUGUGGAUGGGCUUACAUAAUGAUAAAUUUGAUCAAUUUUGGGCUGUAAAUCGUAAACUAAUGGAAGCCUCUGGCGAACAAGAUCAUUUUAAACACAUUCCAUUUAGAUUAUAUAAAGAUGAUAGUUAUCGGCAGAAACUUGUGAAACCAGUCAAUGAUCAAGGACAACGGAAAACUUUGGGUGAUUUAUUAAAAGAAAUGUACCCGGAUAAAGAAGACAUAACAGUACGAACACAUGGCGUAAGCCCACCGUUAGAUACACCUCUACAAUGGAUGUCUGAGCAUCUAAGCUAUCCGGAUAAUUUUUUACAUUUAUGUAUUAUUGGUUAGUUGUUAUUUUGUAAAAUAUUUUUUUAUAUAUUAUUUGUAAGUUACAGAUCUAAGCCAAUUUUAUAAUCAAUUUUUUUAAAUG